UCAUGUUAUGUUUAUACGCCGCUUACAAGCUCACACCUGGAGACGAGAAUAGUAACCGACGGAUUUCGUUGAACGGAAGUGUUUUCCAGCUCAUCUCCAACAAAGAUUCCAAAACUAUUUGGACACUUGGAAACAUCUUUCCGGCAUUUCGUGAAAUCAUAACACGUAACGGUUCGAGUGUUGCGUGAGGUGCAAUUGUUACCCAGACGUCACGCGAAGUAAAUGCACCUGAUGAGGAAAGCGAAUAGAGUAAAUCGUUGGUGACAACCGUUAAAUUGCUGGAAUAAGCCAUGCGUUACCUACCAUCCCUUGCUAAGCUACGUAGGAGCUUUCGAUUGCGCAGUAGAGAAUUCCUUCAAGAAAAUACACUUCAUGGAUUCAAUUACUUCGUUGAUCCGAGUCGACCUGUGUGGGAAAGAGUGCUGUGGUUGGUAUGCACACUUGCGUCGUUGGGUGGAGCAAUCUGUUCGAUUGCAAUUAUUACCAUAAAAUUUACAACGGCGCCGAUGUUGACAGUGGUCCACCUACCAAAACGUGCUAUUCCUAUUUUAUUCCCGGCUGUUGUGGCCUGUUUAUCUUCAGAAUACUUGGACCUACGUAAUUACACUGAGGAGGAGAGGAAUAUGCUCAUAGCAUUGCACGACUGGAAUUGGAAGAAAGUGGACAUCCCAAAGUCAUUUAAAGUCACCCCAAAUUUGCGACAUUUGUUUGAGACUUCUAUUCCGGAUUGUAAACAUCUGUUCUCCAAUUGUACCAUCAAGGAUAUACCUUUCAACUGCGGCGCAGUGUUCACCACCAUCAGGACACAGCAAGGGAAGUGUUGUGCCACCCGACCCUAUGACAUGAUCAUCCACAAGACACUCCCCAGUUUCAAGUUUGUUCCGAAAGUCAACAAGAAGAUCAAUCUGUAUUUUCAGCCGCAUUGGUUUCUGCCCCGUGGAGCUCCAAUUAGUUACCGACUAAUCCACAAUGUUUCAUUCUCUAUAUCCAUGCAAGUGACAAUAACUCAGGAAGGAGCCAGACUGUUUGAUUCAACUACUCGUGGUUGUAUAAUGCCCGAGGAGGGUACAUCCCAUUCAGAAUGUCAAAUCGAUUGUCAGAAGUCUGUGCUCAGGGAGGAGAUGAGGUGUUUUCCCUGGUGGAUCCAAGAAGACAGCACACCCACAUGUCGUCUGACUGAGUACAAUGAAAUUAUCAGAAGUAGGAAGAGAUUUGACAAAUGUUAUGAUGAUUGUCCACUGCCCUGCAACACUACCUGGUAUAACAUCGAUAAAAUACAUUCGUCAGCUGAUGGGAGAACGUCAGUGUCGGUGAAACACUGGCCACUGGUGGGCUACAACAGGAAAGUAAUAUUUGGUUUACUGGAACUUCUGGUGUCUUUCGGUGGAAUAAUGGGACUUUUUCUUGGAUACUCAGUACUCACUACCGUUGAAUUCAUCUAUUAUUUCACUGUCCGACCGUACUGUGGGGCUAUUAUACCCGAGGAAGGAAAUAAUGUGAGGAGCAUUCGAAUUUUUGUUGUGCCCAGAAAAAGAAAACCUCUGGAUAGUUACAUUUAUCGUAGUUUUUAUCUAGACUAGGACACAGGGGGUCUAUAAAUAGUAAUGAGGGGUAAGCAGUAUUUUGAAAGAAUUUAUUAAUAUGGAUUAUAUUAAAUAUUAAAUGAAACAGCUCUCUGCGUUUCUUCUGAUGCUAUUUUUCAACGAAAUGAUUUUUUCUAGGAUUACAAACGCUUGAAAUAUACAAUAAUAAAAAAUAUACUUUAUACUAA